AUGAAGGUCGCAGUACUCGGCGGAACCGGCGAGACCGGAACCUCUAUUAUAAAUGGCCUACUCUCUUCGACUGGGACGAAAUAUGAGGUAACUGCGCUUAUCCGGCCGAGCUCGCUGGAGAAGCCAGAGGUCAAAGCUUUGGAGAAGAGGGGUGUGAAGAUUGCCUCAGUAGACUUGAGCGGACCCGAAGAUGAAAUCGCGAAUCAGCUUACCGGUCAUGAGGUGGUCGUCUCAGCCAUUGUGGCAGACAAGCUGCUCGACCAAAUUCCCCUCGCCAAUGCGGCAAAGAAAGCGGGGAAAGAGGAUGUCUUGAACCACAUUCAGACUAUAUACCUCCCGUACACGAUCAUUGAUGUUGGCUGGUGGUAUCAGAUCAGCUUGCCCCGUCUCCCUUCGGGACGGAUUGACGCAGUCGCGAGCCCAUUCGACAACUGGAUCGCGGGAGACGGGAGCGUUCGUUCUGGCAUGACUGACCUCCGCGACAUUGGUAGAUACGUCGCCCGCAUCAUUGCGGACCCACAGACCCUGAAUCAUAGAGUCUUCGCCUUUACCGAACUCAUGUCCCAGAAUGAAGUCUACGAUCUGAUUGAGAAGAUGAGUGGAGAAAAAGUCGAGAGGAAAUACAUGUCGGCUGAUGAGAUUGAGGCUGCAAUGGUCAAGGCGAAGGAUGACAAGACCAACCCUCAUAGGCUAUCGGUUUUACAAUAUCGGAAAUCGUGGGGCCUCCGAGGAGACAACACGCCGGAGUACGCGCGCUACCUAGGAUAUCAAAUCGCCAAGGAUCUGUAUCCCGAUUUGACGGGAAAUUCAUUUGAGGCUUUCUGCGGCGAGGCUCUGGAGGGCAAGGUCAACUCCAUCUACGAGAAGAAGAAGCGGGAGGCCAUGGAGGCAGCUAAGAAAAAGUAA